CGAACUGUCGAUAUAUUGCAAUCAUUCACUCAAGGUUCGUUGGUUUACAUUCAAGUGUGUGGAAAUGAAAUUGUUUUCAAUAAUAUUUCUGCUGAUGUUAUUCGUUCAGCUCUUCAAUUGUAAACACGUGACAUAUGACACAUUCGUAAAACAUUUUUAUGAAAAAGCGGCCCAUCAGCAUUGUAAUAUUGAUUCAAAAUUGGAUUUUCUGCUCAAAAUAUCAAACAUCACUGAAACGAUUCGAAGUGAAUUCCAAUCCAUUGUGGAGCCAUUCAUGGAUAACAAAACAGCAAAUAAAGUGUGGUCCAAAGCACAAAUCAAUAAAACAAUGAGCUUUAGUUUUUGGAUGGAUCGAAUCUCUGGCAUAAAUGAUGGACAGAAACUGAAUAAGGAAACAUAUAGUAAUCUUUGUGCGCAGAUUGAUAUCGAUUCACCGCAUCGACUUGACAAAGAUUUUGAUGGCCAGUUCAAGAAAUGGAAAAAGAAGCCGAUUGACAUGCAGCAUCUAGAAGGAAUCAAAAAUUCAAUUGAUCACAUGGAAUUGGAAAAUGAAGAAUUCAUCGAAAAUUUCAAAAAAGAACUGAAAGACGCAGAGCAAUUAAGAGAAAUUCUUAGUGAACAUAUCGCUAGAGCCAAGGAAUUGCUUCUUAGUACCCUUGAAACAACUGACCGCGCCGUUUUAAUGGACGCUUUUGGUAAAGCUGAACCAAUUACAAGUCAAAUAACUCAAAAGCAAUCGCUGUUUUUUGGAAAACUUGUAGAAGUGAAAAGAACUCUGCGGUUAUACAACAAACAACGCAUCAUUUGGGUGGAAGAUAUUAUGGGAGUCGAAUUGAAAAAACCUUCGUGCAUUGGGAGACUGUUUGGAUCGUUGAAGAAACCAUUCGCUAAAAAGAAUAAACAAUGAGAUAACUUUUCAUCAGUUAA